AUGCCUUCUCCCAGCACUUGACAAAAAGGGCAUCUGCCGCCAGCGAGCCCUGGGCUCUUCCACCAAUCCCAGCACGAGGGUGUGUGCGCGUGGCCGGCGCAUUGGAAGGAGGAAGUCGAGCGGGGAGCGAUGUACAGCUGCGGGGACUCCAAGUGCAGCCUGCACAUGGAGCAGGAACUGCCGGGCUGCGUCUGCCGCCAGCGACCAGGGAUCCAGCGUUGCUUGAGGAAUUUGCAAACUACAGCGGUGCACUUCUCUCUUCCCAGGAUAUUACACUACUGAAAGUUUCGAAUAAACGUAAUUCUGGAGAUUAAUUGAAGACUUUUUCCCCCCAUUAGAAUCGCUAACAUGCACGGUCUAGAGAAUGAGGAAGCAGAGUGCCAGCAAAAUAUGGAAACUGAAGAGGCACAGGACGUUUCCCAACUGUCUGUUGAGACAGGGAAUAAAGAAGCUCUUCCCAUAAAUGACCAAACUGAACAACUUGAGCAGAUGCCUGUCCCUGAAGAUCUAUCAACCAGUGCUGGGGGCAAAAGCAACCCACAGGGUGACAAAGUCAUUGCAAAUUCUAUUAAAGUAGAAACUCCAAGUGAUGAAGAGAAUGGAAGAGCCUGUGACACAAAUGGUGAAGAGAGUGCUGAAGACCUGCGUAUGAUAGAUACAUCUGGGACUAAAUUGAAUGGACCACACAAUGGCCAAGGCAACAAAGCAUUUUCUGGAGUUGGUGGCAUUCGACUUCCAAAUGGCAAGCUGAAGUGUGAUAUCUGUGGAAUAAUUUGCAUUGGCCCAAAUGUCCUCAUGGUGCACAAACGUAGCCACACUGGGGAACGCCCCUUCCAGUGCAGUCAGUGUGGUGCGUCUUUUACUCAAAAAGGCAACCUACUUCGUCACAUUAAGUUGCACUCUGGUGAGAAACCGUUCAAGUGCCAUCUUUGUAACUAUGCUUGCCGUCGUCGAGAUGCACUUUCGGGUCAUCUGCGGACUCAUUCUGUUGGAAAACCUCACAAAUGUAGCUAUUGUGGGCGAAGCUACAAGCAACGCAGCUCACUUGAGGAACAUAAAGAACGUUGUCAUAAUUACUUGCAGACCAUGGGACUGCACAGUGGUAUCUAUUCAGUGAAAGAAGAAAGCAAAUCACAUGAGCUAGCUGAAGGAGUAAGCAAGGUUGGAUCAGAAAGAGCUAUGGUACUGGACAAACUUGCAAGUAAUGUUGCAAAACGUAAAAGUUCAAUGCCACAGAAGUUUGUUGGUGAAAAGACGCUGCAGCUUGGUAUUUCAGAGCUUCAGUAUGACGCUAAUUCAAAUUAUGAAAAGGAGAAUGAGAUGAUGCAGAAUCAUGUUUUGGAUCAAGCAAUUAACAAUGCUAUCAAUUAUCUAGGGGCUGAAUCCUUGCGUCCACUUGUCCAGACUCCUGCUGGAAGCUCUGAAGUGAUACCGGUAAUAAGCAACAUGUACCCUAUGCAAAAAUCACAUUCAGAAACUCUCAGUCAUGCUAACAGUGCCACGAGCCAAAAUGGUGCCGUUGAAAAUCUAAUAUUUAUUUCGCAAGCUAAGUCGCAAUCAUCAGAAAGAGAGCCAUCUCCGAGCAACAGUUGUCCAGACUCAACGGAUACUGAGAGCAAUAAUGAAGAAAGGAACAACCUUAUCUACCUAACUAAUCAUGUAGCUCCACAGGCAAGAAAUGGUUUGCCAUUGAUAAAAGAAGACCAGAGAUCCUAUGACAUUAUGAGAGCAAAUAUGGAACCUAAUCAAGAAAUCUUCAAAGUGAUUAGUGGUGAUGGAGAACAUAUGAAAGUUUACAAAUGUGAGCACUGCAGAGUUCUUUUCCUGGACCAUGUGAUGUUUACCAUACACAUGGGGUGCCAUGGAUUUCGUGACCCUUUUGAAUGCAACAUGUGUGGGUACAGAAGUCAGGAUAGAUAUGAAUUUGCAUCGCAUAUAACAAGAGGAGAACAUUGUUUUCACAUGAACUAGUGAACUGUUUCAGACUCCCGUUUUGACUUUAUUUCAUUUUGUGCAAUUUCAAUUUGCAUAAAUAAUAGGAGGAAAAAGAAAGGAGCAGAAAUUCUUGGUGAAAUGUUAUUUUUAUUGAACUUCAUUUGCUUCUCUGAUCCCAACUGUUUAUUGUAAAGUGCAGAGUUUUAUACACUGAACAGUUUCAUACUACUCCCAAGUAAUACAUCUGAAAGACAAUUCUUGAAAUUGUAUUUAUCAUAAUAUGGCACUUAAAUUAUUACUUAAUGUCUAUCAUCAAUUGAAUUGUAUAUGUGAACAGUUAAGUGGAAUCCUCAAAUACAUGGAUACUUAAAAGCUUGCAUUUUUAUUAGUUUCUAAGGUACAGUCCCUGAAUUUUUAAACAAUUUCAAGCUCUUCAGUUUAACAUUUUUUAAUGGAUUGAUCAAUAGUGUGUGAGUAAUUUAGUGUUGUAAAUUGUAGAGUUAGGCACACAAAUAACUUUGUUUCUUGAUACAUAUCUUUAUGUACAUACUUAGCAGUUUAAACUUAAAAUAACAUGAUACACGUUAAAACUCAGUGAUAUCUAAGUAGCAUCUUGAGUUCCAUUGUGUACACAGAAUACAUACUUAAUGACAUUGGCUACAUUAUAAAAAAUAAUUUCUUCUACAAAAAUUGUCACUUUUCAUUGCUGUUAUAAAUGUAUGUGUUUAUUAAUGUAAAUCUAUAUUUCAAUGCCAAUAAUGUAUGAUUUAUUUAUUACAAAUGUGUGGAUUAAUCUCCUGGCAUUUCUAAAUGAGUAUUGAUUGGAUAGUUGUUUCUUAAUAGAAAGUUAGAAAUACAAUGUAAGUCAAGUUAGAAUAUCUCAAACUUCAAACUCAUCUGGUAGGGUUGACACUGUACACUGAAAAUAUGUCCAGACCCCAUACCCAUUUAACAUUCCCAUUUUGAAGAUUUAUCCUCUUUUAUCAAAUCCCGCCAUGAUUUUAUUCUAGGAAAUGUUUUUAUCUUAAUAACUACAUAAAUAUUCGGUAUGUCUCAAUUUCUCCUGACCUCUUUAUUGUUCUUUGGGUAAUGAUUUUGCUGUUGAAUUACUUGUUACCAAAUCAACUAGCUAUUGGAAAUGGUUGUUUCAAUUUGUCUUCACAAAACUCCCAAAAGUUCUGAAUCUUUUAUCACAUUACUUCUGAAUCUACUUUGCUCAGUUCAGAGAAAACAUAAAUUAACUAUUUGUUUUCUCUAAAGUCUCCUAUUAUUGAUAGAAUUAUGCAGCUAUUAAACAUAGUAUAGCUAGAUGUCUGGAGGCUAUACAAGGUUAUUGACCAAUAAUAAUCCAUGUGAUCAAAGAUCACUUGUAGCUUGAAAGAAAUACAUGAAUGGACUUGAAGCAGACAGUGGGGAAAAUGGGACUUUUUCCAAGUUGUCAGAAUGGAAUCACUGCAGUAAUUACUGGAGUGCCACAAUCUACCUGCAGUCUAUAUUAAUCACUUAGAAAGGACGGAGUACAAUGCUCUCAAGUUUGGUUAUGGUAUCAAUUUCACUGAUAGAUUGACCUGUGAGCAAGAUACACAUAAUCUGAAAAGGGAUAUACUGUAGAUAGAAUAAGUUUGCAGGCAUGAAGACAAUAGAUGGAGCAUAAUGUUGGAAAAUGUUACAUUAUUUCUUAUGGUAGGAUAAACAAAAAUGACUUUUAAACAUUGGGAGACUACUCAGGGAUCCGUAAGCCACAGAGGUUAACGGACAAAAUCAAGAACACAUUGGAGAGGCAAGUACUAUUUUGCAUUAAUUGCAAAGGUUGCUGUAGAAGAUUAAGUAAUACACAACCUCUCCUUUACUACUGCAGAUGGUUGGUUCACCUGAUUGAUUACUGGGAUGAGAAGGUUUUCCGAUACAGAGAAAUGUAGUAGUUUCAUCCUCUGCACAAAAUAUUUUCCAUUUUCUCUAUUUACUUCUUUCUACCUCUAAUCCAUUGCUAGGGGGACAAAACUAGCCAUCAGAUGCAUUAUGUCUUUUCCAUUUUACAUCCAUAAUAUUAAAAUGCAAUUCAUUCAUUGUUAAAUUAUGAAAACAUAUACUAAGCUGAUUCUAUUCCCCAAUAUUAUGUGUUUACAACUCAUAAUCCACUCCUCGGAGUUCUGAAGUCUGUAUAUCUCUGAGGUACAUUCGAUUGAUGAGAAAAAUGCUACAUGUAUAAUUAUGGCAUAAAAGUUCUUACAUUAUGUACCAUUUUGACAUCAUCAAAAAUGUAAAUAUCAAGGUUUGCUGUUUAAAUCAAUCCUAAAAUGUUUGUACUGCCCAUUACAAAUCAGCCAUACUCUAAUUGAAUGGCAGCUUAGAAUCAAGGUACUUCUGUUUCUGUGUUCCUCUUCAAAAAUUGUUCUUUCAAAUGUAAUGCAGAAAAUUUCUAAUAUUUGAAGUUUUACAUGUUGUUAUAAGAGUCCUAGAUUUGUUGGAUUUUUAUUGUAUUCAAUAAUUCUACCAUGAAGCUAUCAAAAAAAUACAAAAAAAUAGUUUGAUUCAUAAUGUGCAUGUGUUCUUUGAAAGAAGGCAAAUACCUUUUUUUUCAAAGCCCAGGUUACUUUGGUACAAAGUACACAUCAAGCAUUUACAUUUUAAAGUACAGUAUGAUAACUUCAUGCUUAUGCAGUUUGUUAAUCACUUUUAAGAGAUAAGGUUGACAGAAAUGUAAUGUUUCAUUUUUCAAGUUUGUUUAGAGAUUGUAUUAUAGUGGUCAUUUUUAUCUAUGAAAAAGUAGACCUUGCUUGUCUAAAGGAAGAUAAUUAAAAAUUAUAAAAUCUU